GAUACAUCUUUUGGUUCGGCGAAGUUUUAAAUAAAUUAAAAAAUGACCGACUGCUUCUGAUGACCUCUUUCAAAGGACAUGAUCAGUGGACCCAAAGCCGUGUUCAAGAUGAUUCUAAAGUGUUUUCGAGUGCGCGAGUACACGGAACAUCCUGGUCCUAUAGCGUGAGUAUAGCAGGUAACUGUAACACCGACGUGGCGGACACCCCUCGCCCCGUGAACUAUGACCCCGGACACGUGGUGCAAGCUCCACAGCACUUAGCCAGUCCCCCAGCCCCACCAAUCCCGUAACCUGCCCUGACUGGCCUCACUGCCUUCGAGCGAACCCCUCACGUCCUAUCACCAGGAGAUGUCUACUGGUGUCCCAGAUGCAACUUGGACUCUCCUCUCCGGAUACCCUAGCCGUCUAGAGUCUUUGUAGCUCGAGGAAGAGGGGAUUGGCUGCGAGGAGUAUUGCUACACGUGGUGAAUAUAGGCAGUUCUACGGGACAGCUGACAGCCUGAAAGAGGAAGGUGUAAGUGCGCGAUGAAGUGCAAGUGGAGACUGUCAGGCGAUUUCGUGGGAUAAUCGGCAUCCUGACGUUUCAAGGAGACACGAACCAAGAGACCUGGGGAAUUCCAGUGGCCAUUGGAUGAAGAAGAUGUGGAACAGUUAACGUGGACUGGGUGCCUCUUCGUUAGCCGAUAUCCGAUAGCCGAUACCGACUAGGAUUCUCGGAUAAUUCCAACGACCUUCCCAUCCGGAUUGGCUGUUUCCUAUGAACUCGCCGUCCGUCGCGACGCCACUUCAAAAACUUACCCAAAAACCGAUAUUACGCUUUCACGGCUGGUGGGAUUGCCUGGAUCUGCUUCACUUGGAUUUAUACCAGAUCGCCAACGGCAUACCGGUGAUCAGAUCUCGCAAUCAGUCAUGCUUCUCAGAAGGUGGAUCAGCCAGAUGAUCAGGGUGAGGAUGGAUACGUGGAGAUAGAUUUCCUCUGAUUCCUGGAUUCAGGAUUGGAACGUGGUCCAGGACCAAGUGUACCUAAGGGAGGAUCGCAAGAGAGACGAAGGGAUGGAUAAAAGGAGCGGACGAAGGAAGGAACGGAGAUCAUCUCAGAGUGGCGGUGACAGCAUCCUCGGCAACAGGAGCGCGAUAAGGAUAGGCAGAGGCGGGGCGAAGAUUACGAGAUGAGAUCCUGACGAAUUCGAUGAACCAGCCAGUGCGACUAUGGACCAGUGAAGCAAUAUACACACGUGGCAAGGGAAUUGGGGAUGAAAGGCAAGAGAGAGAGAGAGAGAGAGGGUGGACCAGUACGAGAGGGACCAGCCGCCGCGUCCUGGACCACUUAGCCGCACAACUUUCCACGGGGUUGAUUCAGCCUAUUACGGAUUCGUCUGGCCGCAGGGGAUGAUACCAGAAGAAGUCUUCAGAAGUUAGCCGACAACAAGGACCAGCAAAGAGCAUCGUUCACUCAUGGGACAUGUGGAUAAGGGUUGCUCCUUAACCUUGGACCGAGGCGCGACUCCGCACGUAAGGGCGCGGGCCGUUGAAAAUCCUGAGGGUGAAACUGGAAUGAGAUAAUAGCCAAGAAAUCUUGCUGGAGGAAAGGAGUAGCUGCGAGAAAGGGGUUCGCGACACCUGCAUCCCGCUCAUGGCUGAUCUACUCCUCGUUGACUGUUUACUUAUCCAUCCACUCGGAUGCUGUGACAUGCCCGCUACUUGUCUACUCACUCAUCUGCUCAUCCAAUCGGACCCACCACCUGUCUAGUAGCUAACUCCUGUCAGCAGGUGGGAGCUCGACCACGUGUUACUUACUAGUUCCAAUCCGAUAAGGCUACCACGGACAUUCAAUGACGGGAGGGAUUCCGUUCGACCACGUGUAGAGUCAUUCCCUGGACGUAGGCUGCCGCUCUACCACCCUACACUUGCUGUCAAGAGAAUCGGAUAAACGUUGAGCUGACGAGGAAGAUUUGGGUUCGACGAUGACGCAGUGGACGUUACUGGAUAAACAUGUGAAUGAGGUGUCGUGGAUUUUUAUAAGUGACAACAAGUGAAUGGGGAUGCUGGGAACGUGGACGGCAUGGACCAAUGUAGUCAGUUGAUCUUUUUCCACACCACGUGCACCCCUCGUCAUUGGCAUUGACACUGUCAGCAUCACCGUCGCACGUCAUCGUACCAUCAGCACGGACACCGGCGCUAGCGUUGCCCCCUGCCAACCGGACCCUUAUCAACCCUCAGGAUGACGUCGAAGAGGACCAGACAGAAUUACACGAUACAGCAUCUACUUGAGCUGCCGUCAAGCAGGACAUCCGGUAGCCGCGAAUCGCCGUCGCCUUCGUCAUCCUCCAGCAAGGAAUCGCGUCACGGAGCGUCCCACUUGACAACCGGCGCUCGACACGUGCCCAUCACGAUUCUACAUCCAACGCCGAAAAAGCUCUACUUGAGUAAAUCGCGCCAGGCCACCCUUACGGAGGAGCAUCAACCCUCUCUCACACGACCGGUCAGCCCCAACGCACGCCAACAAGAGUACUCUUCUACGAGGCGGGAGUCUCCCCGCCAGAUCAUGAACAAGGCGGACGAUCGAGGCAGAUCUCCAGGAGCGUCGAGACGUCCGAGCGCCGCCGCAAUCUCCUCACCCCCAGGCACCCCCGAGGAGCCACCGACGCUGGUGGAACUGACCAGCGUACCGGGUGGGCAGAAUGCGAUGGCGCACCUCAAAAAACGGAAGCUCGAAGCAGAAACGUGCACUCCAAAGCCGAAACAGCAGUCACUGAGUAGCAAGAAGAUGGUAGCGCAACAGGGUGUACCUCAAGAAAUGGAGACGGUGGACGCUGCCGCGAAGCGUCGAAGAAAAGGUCUGCGCGAUGAUGAGAUCAGAAAGCAGAUCGAGAUGGAUGCCGCGAAGAACAUAGCUUUGCCACAGAAGAAGCGAGUCUUCCCAUUGGGCAAUUCCGGAAGUCCGGCGAGGAAGACCAGCAAGAAUUCUGAAGAGCCAGAGGACGACGAGACCCUCAUCCGCGAGACGGAGGCUGCACUGAAGAGUCUCUCCGGUAGCUGGCCAGGACCUAGAGGAUCUCUUCAUCAGAGAGGUAAUUCUGACGAGGACAAGUACGAGCCGAAUUUUGAAAAUCUUUUUGAGGAGAAGAAGGAAAAUCCAAAAUUGUCACCAUCGUCCAUGUCGACUUCUUCGACGGCCAGCAACGAAGCCGGAUGUUCCCUCAAGGACGUCAUCACGCUUCGCGGACAGCAUGACCGCACUGGAAGAGGGCAGCAACAACAGAACAGACAAGAUCCUACUAAACAACCACCAAGCAAGACCAAAAAGGAAUUGGAAAACCUUUUGAAGAUAGAAAGCGAGUGCGCCUCCAUACAGAACCAAGUGGGUCAAAAUCCGAAUGAGUCCAAAAACCGAUCUGGACCACGAUGUCUCCCCCUGGGAAAGGACAGAAAUGUCGGACCUCACGGGGAACAAACUCGUCAGCCUGACAAGUACUCCAGGUACGAUCCCCCAGACUUUAACGAGCUCGUAGACGAUUCUUCGAACGAACUCGAGAUAGACAUGUCUGACCCCACGACGGAUAAGGACGAGGCUGACAAAGAUAAAGUCGACGGUAAGGACAAGGACAGAACCUGCAAGAGUGGAUCAUCGCCAACUAAUUCAGGAAGGCACCAACAUCAACAGCACCAACAGCACCAACAACACCAGCAGCAACACCAGCAGCAACACCUCUACAGCGGGUACCAGAGACAGUACAGCGAUGGUACCAUGAAGGUAUCUCCUACAGGAAAUGCAGCACCUUCCUCGACCCCGUCAUCAGGCACCUCUCCGUUCUCUGCCACUUCCGCCUUUAGGCCACCGAACACAGAUCACGCAAAGUCCAGCUGUCGUGCGCCCACGCAGACCGGAAGUCCUCCAGGGUCAUCAUCAAUCCCACCAAUAGGACCAUAUCCAGCAUCGGCCACCUUCGUCGGAUACCCACCACCAGGUGUAGUACCUGGACCAGCAAUGCCAGGUCCUCAGCCCGUAACAGGAAUCUCUCCGUCCCCCGAAGAUAAACACGUCUCGACAGUCUCGCUGCUCCAGCUGAAGUCCUCCAAGGACGAGAACCAAGUGUCACGCAAUACUCCAAAUCCCGUGAACCCGGUGAACACAGUGAACGCACCAAACUCUACCAAGAGUCCUAGCGGCAUCUCCUCCGUCGCAAGUCCAGAUACGAACACCUCCAAGCAGUACACAAUCCUGCAACCAGCCGGCGUCGGCUCCAGGGCGGCCAGUGCCAUCCAGGACAUAAACAGAGAAGGAGUCGUCAGUGUUGCCGCAGUGAGCAGUAGCAGCAGUGUAAGCCCACCAAGUGGGACUAAUAAUACUAUAAAUAACAACAACAACAACAACAACACCAACACCAACAACAACAACAACAACAACACCAGCAACAGCAGCAGCAGCAGUAGCAUCAUCACAACUACAACCACAACCGUCAGUCCCUCAGCUGUUGGUGAUGUCUCAACGACAACCGGAAACGUUCAACAGGACAACGUGAUGAAACUUCCAGAAAGGACUGGGGGUUUCGACGGCACCAGACCUGGAAUGUCCAUGUCGCCGUCCAGUCUCAGUAGAGAAGGCAACAAGUGCCCGACGCCUGGUUGCACGGGCCAGGGUCACGUGACCGGACUGUACUCCCACCAUCGCAGUUUAUCCGGUUGUCCCCGCAAAGACAAGCUGACGCCAGAGAUUCUGGCGAUGCAUGAGACUAUUUUGAAAUGCCCGACGCCUGGCUGCAACGGCCGUGGCCAUGUCAGCGCCAAUCGCAACACUCACAGGAGUUCGUCCGGAUGUCCCAUCGUCGCGGCCAAUAAGCAGGCCGCACGCGAGGCCCGUCACAAGGCACAAGUGUCAGUAGUGCCGCCGGAAUACAUCAGUUCGAAUCUACUUCCGGGAUCAUUGGAGUCCAAGUGUUACGCUCAGUACAGUGGAAGCACGCAGGACGUGAAACCAGUGAUGUCACCGUCCUAUGAUUACUACGCCGCUACAAAAGCCGCUGGUAUCAAUAUAAAACCGCCUAAAACACCGGAGGAGACUCCGUCUCGGUCCAGUAAGGUCGUACUUAAAAGUGAAACCGGAGGGACGAAUAGCAGCUGCUGCAACUCUCUUCCUGGAAGGAGUCAGGGGUCGGAUCUUUUGGUACCCAAGUCCGAGGAGGCAUCUUCCUGUAGGGUGAACUCACCGCCGCCCCCACCACCGCCAGUUAGACAGGCCUACGAUUCUUAUCUCAAUCAGGAUUCAAAUUCUUCGUCCUUGUCAUCCAUGGAGGCGAUGGGCUCCAGGUCCAUAGGUGGGACCAUUCAUCAUCCGACCCAGCAUCCCACCCAUCACAUUUUACCGAUGCAGCCUACGGUUACCUACCCUAUGCCUAUGGUGGAGGAUACCAGGAUGUCGUCUCAUCAGAUGACCCAGAGGUCACCGUAUGAGUCUUCUGCAAUGAUGGCGGCGGCGGCUGCAGCCGCUGCUGCUGCUGCCGCUGCUGGUCCUCCUACAUCCGCCGAGGAUCUAUAUCAUCACAGAUCAGCGGAACAUGCAAGAGCGUAUAUGCAUGCUGGGGGUGGAAAUAUUGCCAGGCCCGUUGUUACCUAUUCCAAUGACAUUGUCGCGUCUAGGAGUUACGAUAACGUCGUCGUCAGCGCAGCCAAUCACCGACCUUACGACCCUGGCACUGCUUCGGCGUACGAGAGAUACGACGCCCAGCCUUGUGCGCCUCUUCAACCUCAACCACAGCAACAGCUGCACUCCAGGGCGAAUAUGUAUUACUUGGGCCAGAGUGGAAUGACUCCCGAGGAACAGGAAAGAAUUUAUCACCAGGAAGCGGCGGCUGCCCAGCAGCAUCAAAUGGCUAUGGCUGCUGCGACGGCUGCGGGAAUGAUGAAGACCGAGGAUGUUAAGUGCGUGACGGUCGCUCAGGUUCAGCAAAUGCAGAAACCUGGCGGAGGACCACCUACGUCUCCAGGAGGUUCGGUCAUGGACCUCUCUACCUCGAGUGUGACUUCGACGAGUCCUCAAGCUCCUCCGUACGGCUCGAACAGUUUAAGUCCUCAGUAUGGUGGAGGUCAGACUGUUGGUGGUAGUCCCCAAGCCGCAGCCAGUCCCCAUCUCACAGCAAGUCCCCAAGUUCCAAGUCCUCAGGGACAGACCCUCGACCUCAGCGUAAAUAGGCUUCAUAGCGGCGCACCAAGUCCUCAGUACUCGACCGGUCAUGGUGAAGCCGUGGCUGCUGUCCCGGUCGGACCUGGAUUUCCUGCCCCUAGACCCAUCGAGGAACAGACGGAACCCGUGGACUUUUCGACGGCAACCGAACCAGUCAACUUCAGCGGGGGUCCCGGCAUCAGGCCUGUUCCGGGUUUUCCACCUCCUGGGGUGCACGCUGCGGCCUACAGUCGAGAAAGCACCCCUGACAGCGGUGGUUCCCACUACAUGGACGCCUACCGAGAUCCCACUGGCUACGGACCCAUGAGUCCUCAUCCAGGAUAUGGCAUGGCUGGUGUCCAGGCAGAGUAUCCAGGAAAUACUUAUACCCCUUAUCCCAGUGCAGGAUACAAUUGCGGAGGGUCCUAUCCAGGAGGUCCUGUUACAUCCGGCUAUCAAAUUCCUGCGGGAUACACGCCGGCACCUUGUUACAGUAUGCCACCGAUUCAGCACAGUAUCGGUCCCCUGGAUAAACCCUCGGGCAAGGACGAUAGCUUGUCCGGUUGUCCACGGGCUGACCGGUCCCAAAUUCAGGCCCACUCCCAAGAACUGAAGUGUCCGACGCCAGGAUGCGAUGGUUCUGGACACGUAACCGGAAAUUACUCCUCCCACAGAAGUUUGUCGGGUUGUCCUCGUGCCAAUAAGCCCAAGAGCAAACCCAGGGACGGACAAGACUCAGAGCCAUUGAGAUGUCCAAUCCCAGGCUGCGACGGAUCCGGUCACGCUACUGGAAAAUUUUUGUCCCACCGCAGUGCAUCCGGUUGUCCAAUAGCGAACCGGAACAAGCUGCGGGUCCUAGAAUCAGGCGGGACGGUUGAACAGCACAAGGCGGCAGUGGCAGCAGCGACGGCAAUGAAAUUCGAAGGAGUCAAUUGUCCAACUCCUGGCUGCGACGGGAUAGGACACAUAAACGGCUCGUUCUCAACUCACAGAUCUCUGUCGGGAUGUCCGAUCGCCGGUCACGCAGUCAAGAAAUCCAAGUUCGAGGACAUGUCAAGCAUGUACAGCAAAGGGGUGGACGCCGGUGGUCCGGCUCAGGGUGGCGCGGUAGGUGCGAAUCAGGGAAGCACGAGCGGUAGCGGCUCUGCCGGUGGUCAGGGCGAGGAUCUUUACACACUGGAGGCCGAGAUCACGGAAUUACAGAAGGAGAAUGCUCGCGUCGAGUCCCAGGUGCUGCGCCUGCGUUCCGACAUUACCGCCAUGGAGAAUCAGUUGAAGCACGGAGACAAGGAGACGAACGUCAUAUCUCAGCGUAACAACAACCUCACUGAGUACUAUCAGUCCCUGCGCGAGAACAUGAUCACGUUCCUGGAGAACGUCCGAAUACCGAACAGCCUCGGCGGUCCGCCGGAGAAAAUGGGACACGAGAAUUUCGACAGCUGCCUAACGAAAUUGCAGACCCUCUGCACAGCCGACGGGUACUGUACCGACGAGAGCAACCGGCCGAUUUAUGAGACUGUUAAAUCCGCCCUUCAGGACUUCACCGUUCUCCCCACGCCCAUCUGAGACCAUCCCUGAAGCUUCCUACACGGGCAACGUCGCGCCUGAAUAAAUACAAGGACGUCAACGUAUGCUGAUCGUCUCACCGAUCCUUAUUCUCGGCGUCCCGACGCAUCACUCCGAUUGGCGCAGGACCUCUGGGAACUCUGGAACGAGUAAAGCUGAACGUGCCGAACAAAGCCGAACACACUGUAGAGAUCCUCCGAAGCCAUAAAUCUCAGGUCUCCCGGUAGACGACGUGAACAUAGCUGAAGAUUCAAAGAUAGAGGAUGAGAGGAGCAUCGAGAGACAAGAAAAUCUUUUGUACAUAGAACAAAAAUUGCGUCAGAUUUCCCAUUAAUUAUAUAAGGCAAUUGCCCGAAUUACGUCCCAAGAGAAGACUGUACAUAGAAAUGGGACUGGCCGAGAAACUCAAUUAUUGAAAGAGACUAAAAGUUGUGGCAACGGACAGAAUAAUUGAAUUGGGCAAAAAAGAGUCAUUAAUCGAAUAGGCAUUCAUAUUAUUCGAAGUAACGAGGUCACUCUGAGCUAUGUAAAAAGAAAAAUCUAACCUAGCUGUAUAUUGGACAUUACUGCUCUUACUAUAAUAUUUAACGUCAACAAUUGCUAUUGAUAUUGCCGUUAUUACAUCCAGUGGUAGUCCUGCUACUGUUCGCUCGAUUAACACCUGUAUACACACACGAUCUACCCCCUCAAUCUACACCCUUGCUUAUAUCACACAUCCUCCCCCCCUCUCAUUACUAUCCCCUAUCAAACACCGUCGCUAUUACUAAUUACCACUAUUACUAUUACUAUCGCUGUUAUUAUUACUACUUCUAUUAUUACUCUACUUAAUACUUUAACUACUACUGGCUUUAGCGUUAGCGCCAAGUGAACCGGAUGUGGUCAAAUCGUGAUCGCGAGUGUACCGGAAGUUCCAAUCAGUGAAAAUCGAUAAAAGAUUAAUGUGAUUCGUGCGUGCGUCAGAAGAUGAUCGAUGAAGAAUUAAUUUUAAAAGAAACAGUGAGUGUAAUGAAAAAUGGCGGAAGGAUUGUCCAUAGUCUGUAUAUACUGAGGAAGUAAUUAUAAUGAGGAAUAUCUAUCGGAUCGUCAUUGAUGGAAAUCAUAGAAGUGAGAAAGAAAUGACGGGCUAAGCGUCGAUAUGAAAAUCAGCCCUGAGUUUGCUUACUCGCUUCUAAUUCGAAUUUUGCAUUGUAGUUCAAAAUGUACUAUAUAUUUAUAUAUAUGGAAUUGAUUGUUACUGAAACGCAAGUCGAAUGGUUCGCAAUUAUUGAAGUGACGUCAAAAAGAAACAUGUAAACGGGACUUUAACUAAGGUAAGAGCAGUAGCGACCAAUCGCAUUUAGCGUUAUCGGUGCACGGCUCGACUUUGCGUUUAUUUAAUAAUUCUAUAUUUAUUUAAAAGUGCAAUAAUUAUUAUUUUAUUAUUUAAAUUAGUUCAUAGUCACGGUGAUAUAUAAGUAUCUGUACGGGCAUAGGUAUCGAUAGGUAUUUGUUAAAUUUUAACGAAAUUUUUUGAAAUCCAAAUAACGUCUAGAUAUACGUGAAUACUUUAGCGGUUUUUUUUUCCUCAAAAACAUUAUAUUUCACUUUUUCAAAGUUUUAUUCAAAUUCAUUAUUCAUAUAGAACCACAUCUAAAUCACUGAACAUCCAACUGAGAAAAACGAAACGGACGCUCGGCGUCCCGACGCCAUUCUAGCCCAUGGUAAAGGCUGACUAUAAGAGGGUUUCCCGCGUGCUAAUUGAACGCAUCGAAUAAAAGAAACGACAGGUUACUUUGGUCAUUCCAUUGUCUGUAAAUAGGAAGUGACUUGACUAGUAUACCAUGAAUAGCCCUUGUAGAGCCCCUGAGCAGCCUUGAACCCCUUAAUAAGGAUCGAAAUAUCUCUUAAGCUCUCCUCAUCUGCCCCAACCUCGUCUAUUCUCCUUCCUAGUACCUUCGAUCCCGUGAAUCCAGGACUUACGAAUAAUAUGACGAUAAUAAUAAGCUAUACAAUAUUGUAACUACUAGUCAGUAAACGGGAAGACACAUGGAUUACUAUUAAAUAUUGAUAUUAUACAUAUA